UCAUGCCGUUCGUUCGUUCAUUUACUUAUUCGUUAAACAAAAAGAGAGAGAGGGAAAUAAAAAUAUACGUAUAGGAAUAUUUUCCGCAUAGAAAGAGCGAGGACAGUAGAGAUUUUGUUACCUUAACAAGGACUGGAAAGUGUGCUGACACAAGUUGUGAAGGGUGCACGCGCUACUACGAAUUGACUGCUUGCAUUCGUCUUCCUUGUUUUUCUUUAAUAUUUCCGAGUUAUCAUAAUUUUCAAUUAGAAAGUUGACAGAAAAGAAUGGACAUGUCGUGGUUGUUGUUGGAUAUCGAGUACCUGUGAAAGGAUCGACGAGUGGAAACCCGGUUCGUCGUCGUCGUCGUCAACGUUUCUCUCUAUUUCUAUUUAUCUUCUUUUUUCCUUUUCUUUCUUUUUCUGUCUGUCUGUCUGUCUCUCUCUCUUCCUCUCUCCCUCUCUCCCCCUAUUUCUCUCUCAAAUCUUUGUUCAUCGUGGGAACGAGGAGAGGAGAGAAAAAGAUAGAUAAAUAGAUAGGAAGGAGGACGUGUUUCCGCGAGUGUUAAGCUUUUAUUACCGUGUUUCACCGAUUGUUAUUGUGUUGUUGUUGUUGUUGUUGUGUUGUUGUUGUGUUGUUGUUGUUAUUGUUCCUAUAAUUGUUAUUCAUUGAUCAAAAUUGUAAAAAGAAUAAGAAGAAGAAGAAAGAAGAAAUAAGAGAAAUAAUAUCGAAGGGAUAUAUGGGCGGUCGACGGUGCCGCGAGGAGGACAGUAUGCAGAGCGUUGCUACGAGAGGGCCGACUCACCUGGUCGCCCUGUACGUGGCGACCGCCGGCCUUCAGAACAACUCGCUUGGUUCCGACGAGGGACAGAUCACGUUGCUCGUUUACGUACUUCUCGAUGUACUUCAAAAUAAGGUAUUGGGUAGAGAACAAUACAUAGUUUGUCCAAAGAUAACGGACGAUGGUUGUACACCGGGAAGUGGUAGUGACAAUUCAUCGGUCACCGGAAGUAGCGCAAUCAUUAGCGAGUUGGCAUUAGCACAUGCUCCAGCCUUGACCGAACGUACCCUUCGAGAACACGGGAUUCCUUUGGAACAAGCUCUAGAACAGUUCGAAGGAUGGUGGUCGUCCAUGUCCUGCGUAACCGGUGGAGGUGAGCCUCGUUUCGUCGUUGACGGACAAGCACCGAUGAGACAAUGUUUGCAUCCUGAAGCUUGCAAAAAGGAUAUCGAAUUGCCAAGCCAUUACAAUGUCUUUCACGAUCUUCGCAAGGAAUUUGUUGGCUGUUACUCAUCGCACGGCGAGUUAGCAACACUUGGAAUACAAGAAAUGAUUCAAUAUUUUGGGCUACAACCUGAUACGGACAACGAUUAUCAUGUCAAAGAAAUACAAGACAUGAUUAGCGUGAUACAGAGGAUGAUCAAAGAUGGUCACGUCUUCCAAACACCAGAGAUAGUAAAUAUAGUUUUAGAACCAGGAAUAUGUUCCAAGGACGAAGAAGUAGACAACGAUUGCGUAGUUAGAGCAAGAGGCCUUCCUUGGCAAUCAUCGGAUCAAGAUAUUGCCAAAUUUUUCCGUGGUCUGAAUGUCGCAAAGGGUGGCGUAGCACUUUGUUUGAGUCAUAUGGGCAGGCGUAACGGAGAAGCUUUAGUACGCUUUGUUAAUAAAGAACACAGAGAUAUGGCACUGAAAAGGCAUAAACAUCAUAUGGGAGCACGGUACAUAGAAGUAUAUAAAGCUUCUGGAGAAGAUUUUGUUGGGGUUGCUGGUGGUACUACUAGCGAAGCGCAUGCUUUCCUUUCAAGAGGGGCUCAGGUUAUUGUUAGAAUGAGAGGAUUACCUUAUGAUUGCGUUGCCAAGCAAGUGAUUGACUUUUUCUUAUCCGGACAAAAAUCUUGUCACGUAUUGGACGGAGAGGACGGUGUAUUAUUUGUAAAAAAGCCAGAUGGUCGUGCGACCGGAGACGCGUUUGUCCUUUUUGCUCAAGAGGAAGAUGCUGUGAAAGCAUUGAGUAAGCACAGAGACUGCAUUGGCAGUAGGUAUAUUGAACUAUUUAGGAGUACAACGGCGGAAGUACAACAGGUCCUGAAUAGGGCGGUCGAUCCAAAGCCGUUCGUUCUUCAAGUACCAUCAAUACAACCACUGCAAUUUCCUCCAUUACUUCCUCAACAUAUAAUUACAUCCGGCACGCGUAAAGAUUGCGUGAGGCUACGUGGGCUUCCUUACGAAGCACUUGUAGAACAUAUAUUAGAAUUCAUGGGAGAACAUUCGAAAAAUAUUAUCUACCAAGGUGUUCAUAUGGUGUACAAUGCACAGGGUCAACCGUCCGGAGAAGCGUUCAUACAAAUGGACAGUGAAAGUUCGGCGCACGCGUGCGCAACUCAACGGCACCAUCGAUUCAUGGUAUUCGGAAAGAAACAACGUUACAUCGAAGUCUUCCAGUGUAGCGGGGAAGAUAUGAAUCUGGUAUUGACAGGUGCUCCGCCGUCAACGAAGGCUCUACUAUCACCCGGUACGUUGAGCACUCAAUCACCCGCAUCUCUGACACAUUCGGGUCCGGCGACGCCGGUACCGAUGCCGCCGGUACCGACGGCGCAGCCUCCCCUCUGGGACAUACAGGCGCUCGUACAGGCACAGGCCCAAGCACAGGCAGCGCAAGUUCAAGCUCAUGCUCAGGCUCAGGCGCAGGCUCAGGCCCAGGCCCAGGCCAUUAGGACUCAGGACUUUUGGCUGAUGGCCUUGGCAUCUAACGCAUCCCCCACCUCGACGACUCCAGCCUCGCCUACCUCCUCGGCGACUAGAGGCACAAUAUUGCCGACGCCGCCGCCACCGCCGCCGCCGCCAUCAUUCGUAACAAGUGCAAUCUUCUCUCCAACGACCGCGAUGCUACCACGAGGACCACCCCAAUUCGCUGGCCCAUACCCACCACCACCAAUUUUUUAUUGGCCCUAUCCUUCACCUCCCGUUAGUCCAACUAAUUAUUAUAAUCCGGCGAGCGUCGGUGGCAUCGCGCCGAUACAUCAACAAGCAACACUGUUGACACCUGCCGAGUGCUUACAAUUGGGACCAGGAACCGCGGCAGUGACUACGGCAACGUCACCAUCCGCGGAACCUCGUCUCGAUGCAACUUUGACACGCGUGGAGACAGAAAAACGUAUUGCCUUACCGGGUCAUCAUCACCAACCACCAGAAUGCACUCCCUUCGUCGAAGUUUUUAUGGUCUGACCAUGAGCUGACAAUAAUCUUUAGCAAAUCCCUUUUUUGCUCCUCCUAUUUACAUGCGUAUGCUUCCUAUAUACGCACUCAAAUUCCCUAAACUUUUUUCCUCUUCGUCAUUUGGGCAUCGCUUUUUCUUUUUUUCUAGUCCAAAGAGACAGAGACACGAGUGAUCCUAAAACAUAGCGCAAACUUUCUUCUCUAUCUUUUUGUUUCCCCCCCCCCCCUUGGGUUCGUAUUCUCUCUCGACAUUUCUUUUAGAUUCCAAUCGUUAUGAAAUAAUUGUUAUGUCGUUAAAAAAGAUAUAUAUAUAUAAAUGCCUGAAAGAGAAGUUUCUUUUUCUCUUUCCACUUCUUUAUGUUAUUAUUUAUAUAUAUACAAAUCGUCUCGUUAAUAACGUUGCAGCAUGUGAUAACGUUGAUCGACGAUGUUCCUUAUCUUUAAGAGAUUAGGCGUUACGUUUUUAUUUAAAAAUAUAUAUUUAAAGUAUAUAAGAAAGUGAUCGACGGAUGAAACGAAGAAGCUGUGUGAGAGCUAUGAAUUUGAAAUCCUUCUGUUGAAAUUCGUUUCGAAUGACGUUCGUGCAACAGCUUGCCUAUUAUUAUAUUGCAUUAGUUAUCGUUUUUAUUCGAAGGAAUUUACGAAUUGCGUGACAAUCGCAUUUAUUUAUCCUCUUAUACGUUAAGAUGAAUUUUUCUUAGCAACAAAUAUCACAAAUGUCUUCCGAUUAUUAUUAACUAUAUAUGCCUUCUUUUGGUUCAACCGCUUUGUAUAUUGAUUAUUAGUUUUCUUUUAAAAUAGAGACAUGCACACGUACAUACAUACAUACAUACAUACAUACAUACAUACGUACUAGAGCUCUUACUAUUGGAAUAUUUGAAUUUGAAGAUUCGUAAAUCCUAGUAAUAGUAAGAACCCUAAUGGCAUACGCAUGUACAUAAGAUGAUAAUGAUGACGACGACGACAAUGAUAUUUUAUGAUAGUUUUUCAUAAGGUGCUGAGACAAAAACUAGCAUAAUAGUGACAAUCUUGGAGAAUUUCAUCUCGUAUUCUUCGAAAUCCCAUAUCCAAGCGACUGCCAUUGCCACGCGAUUCCUCCUUCCUUCGUUCUUCAGCGAUUUGUUUUCCUACUAAACGUGAUGGAAGUGAUCAAGUUCGAAGCAGACUCAAUUAUUAUUACUCGUGCAUUAUUCGCACGAUCGGUGCAAUAAUUAAUGUUUUAUUUUAUUUUAGUUAAGUUUAAUUGUUCCCUUUCCCUUUCCUCCUAAUGUAACAAAGUUACAAUAGAGAUCAAAUGAACGUAUUUUCGAUGCCACAAAGCAAAGUCAUAAAGUAGUACAAAUUGAAUAUUCAUCAGAUUGCUCUUCUCCAAGAUGAUAAAUCCAAAUCUCUUGUUGCUUUUUUUUUUUUUCUUUUUAAAUAAACUGAAUCUAAUCUUGUUAACAAAAAAAAAAAAAAAA